AUGUCUCCAUCUAUAGCUACUGUCAACCCUCCCCGUCGAUGGUACAACUGGUAUUCCCCAGAUGAUACCCCAGCAGAAAGGAAACUCAUUCUCAAACUCGACCUCUUAAUUGUCCCAUACGCAUUCAUUGUAUACUGGGUAAAGUACAUUGACCAAGCAAAUAUCAAUAAUGCCUAUGUAUCAGGAAUGGCCACAGACCUUGGAUUCACCGGAAACCAACUCAUCCAUUUCCAAACCAUCUUCACAGUUGGAAACGUUGUUGGCCUGCUACCAUUUAUGUACAUCUUUCCUCGCGUCCCAAUGCACUACCUAGUCCCAACCCUCGAUCUUCUAUGGGGCAUCUUCACUCUACUCCAGUACCGAGCAACAAGCUACGCGGAAAUAAUGGCCUACAGAUUCCUCGUCUCAAUAUUCGAGGCAUCGUACUUCCCAGGCGUGCACUUCGUCCUCGGAUCCUGGUACAAGAGCAGCGAAAUCGGGCGAAGAGGCGGCACCUUCUACAUCGGCCUCACACUCGGCUACCUAACCGCCAGCCUCCUCCAAAGCGCAGCCCUGGAGCACCUGGACGGAGUAAACGGGCUCGCCGGCUGGCGGUGGCUCUUCAUAAUCAACGCGAUCAUCACGCUCCCGCUCGCAGUGGCCGGCUACUUCAUCUGGCCCGGGACGAUCGCCAAGCCGAACAGACUGGUGCUCUCACGCGCGGAGCUCGAGCUCGCGCGCGCACGGCUGGAGACGGGCAGCCGGACUCAAAGCGUGCCGUUCACGUGGGCGCUGGCGAAGAAGAUCACGACGACGAGCCGGUUCUGGCUCGUUCUUAUCUGGGACGGUUUCUUCUUCAACAGCAGUGCGAACUCGGCGUCGUUCCUGCUCUGGCUGAAGAGUUUGGGGCGGUAUAGCGCUGCGAAGGAGAAUCAGCUGAACUCGAUCCCGCCUGCGUUGGGGGUGUUUAUUAUCUUGUUUAUCAAUUUUAGUUCGGACUUGUGGCUGGGUCGGGCGGGGGCGAUUGCGCUUGCGUCUGUGGUGAAUUUUACGGGCCUGGUUAUACUGGCGGUUUGGGAUGUGGCUGAGGGUGCGAAGUGGUAUGCGUUUAGUGUGCAGUACUCUGCUGUGGCGGUUUCGUCGGUUUUGUAUGGGUGGACGAAUGUGAUUUAUCGGGAUAGCGUGGAGGAGAGGGCUGUUGUGCUUGUUUUGAUCACGGCGAUUUCGACGUCGUGGACGGCGUGGAUCCCGUUGUUUACUUAUCCGACGGUCGAGGGUCCGCGGUUUGUUCAUGGGUAUGUGUUUUCGGCUGUGAUGACGGUUUGCUUGGUGGGCAUGACGUUUGUCAUUCGAUAUGUGUAUGGAUCUGAUGGGGAGAAGAAUAGGCCUGUCGUCGAGUACGCGGACGAGUCCCAGGAUGACUCGAUUCUGACUGCCGAGCCCGAAGGAACUAAGCAUGUCCGUGUUUCAGCAGUAGCCUCUGAGUAA